CUUUUUGCUGGACGAUGCUUGGAGCUUACCGGGGAGUUGUUCGAAUCCCUACGCACGCUCACUUGGUGUUUGUACCGCACUAUGAUUACUACAACAAGACUAUAACUUCCGGUUUCUGCCUGCCGCUUGCCAUGCGCAUGCUCUGUUAGACACUUCGAGUCGCACGCUGUCCAUUUGACGCUCUACCUCUCACCGCCUCCAUCGUGCCCGCAUCUUACACAUCUCGCCAUAAUUAGCUUCUACCGCUGCAUCUGUGAUAUCUUCCAGCUGUCCACUCCACACUACUAGCUGUCACAGUCAUGGCGCCUGGCAAGACAGCGCCACGGCUGCUACAGGACCUGCUCACAUACGACCCCUGCCGUGAAGACCGAGCAGGCCGCAAUCUCCUGACCAGCGCCCCGCCCGAGUACACCCCGAGCAGAAACGGCAUCCCCGCGGUCCCUCGUGGGAACUGCAGACAUGCGCUUGUAAGAAAGGAGGAGCAGUCUCUGCUGCCAGUGGCUGGCGAUAAUCACGGCCCGGUAUAUAAAGUCGCAUCUUACUGUCCGCAAUGUCGCUGGCACAUCGACGUCAUUGUAGAGUUCAAAGACCAAGACUCUUCGAGCCAAAUAUGCGGCAGGCAGAGCGACUAUCCGCUCCACCACUUCGUAUACGAUAGCGACAACAAGAAAGAAAUCAAUGGACUCGGCGCUCAGCAAGCCCCAAGGACGUUCAGCUUCCAUUGCACGGCGCCCGCCUGUCCAACCUCAGUUCGCAUAGACCUGAGGCCACCGCGCUUCACAGAGCACGAUCAAGAACUGAUGAUGAACAAAGCACAGCUACGGAGGAGAUUCGAGAGAGCGAGAGAGCUCAUAGGAGAGCGUGAGGGCGAAACUAUGUCUCGGAGUGUGGAUGGGCCCGAUUUUCUUGAUACGUUUCUGAGGGACUCGCUCAACCCAGCGCCAGGCAAGACACGAGUCCCUUUGCUCAACAGGAAAUUUGCAAAGACCUUUUGGAGAGACUGCGACUCGAUACUCACGAAACUGGGCUUCGAGUACACACUUGAGGAGAACGAGGAAGAGAAUGGGCCAGAUGUCGAGGCCUGGCACCUUCCCAGACCCGGAGAACAGCAGGAUGUGUUCCAGUCGACUCUGCGAACUACGGUCCAGGAUGCCAGAUACGAACUGAACACCAUGAUCCUCGCAGUGCCCGAGAAUGAACGCCAAAAUGUUAGACAUCAACCGAUGUACCCUGUUCCCUCACAAGGCGACAUCGAGAUGGUGCUGGCUUGCCAUGAUUACGAGAAGGUGGCCGGACGAACACGCAGUACAAGUACAACUGAAGAAGACCACCCGCACUUCGCCAGUCUCGGCGCGGUCGGGGAUUUUGCAGACACGCUCAUACACUUUGCGUACCAACGGCAGAGCAUCGUAGACAAGGUCAACGCGCCUUACUACCUGGAGUGCUUCCAGGAAAUCGCGAAUGGACGAAACAGCGAAUCUUUGCAGUUUGAGGUGGCUAUGAUCACUAGUAAAGAUAUUCCCAACAGGCGCGAACUGGAAGCUGCUUAUCGCUCGAUUGGGUUGGACCCAGCUCACGGGCCUACCUUCAGCGACAGGUUCAUUAUCGACCAAGCCAGGUCCCGUCUACCUGAUAUCUCCCCAACACAGCGGGAUGAGCUACGCAGAAAUCUUCAACUUAUUGGAAAUUCGCGCGAAAGUGAAGAGAUAAGACGAGAGGCUAUGGAAGAUAUCGAUACGUAUGAAGAAGCCUUGUCUUGGCUCGAGCUCGAUCAGUCGCAGGCUGAUGAUUUUGUUCGAACUAUGUUCACCAUCAAAACACAAGACAACCCUUCGUCUAUCGAGAUUGCGCGGAGAGCAGUUUCCAUUAUCGCCGAGCAUCGAAACAGCGACCGACUACGGCAGUUCCUUCUCGAGGGAACUAUGACUGAGCCCGAGAGGGAUCUGAGCGAAGCAUACGCUUUGUUCGAAAUCUCAUCCAUGUCCGACAGACAAAACGUCGACUUGUCUGUCUUGCAGAGCUCAAUGCUCGUUGCCCCACCGAGCGAUAUUGCCAAGCUCGAGAAGGCAUUUACUCUGAUCCAACAAGACCAGCUCCAGAACUACAACAAUAAAGAAGAACGACCUAAGGAGUCAGGGUCACGAGUUAACGACUUUCCCCUGGAAACCUGGCCUGUAGGCUGCCGCAACAAUGGGAACACAUGCUACCUGAAUAGCGUUCUCCAGUUUCUGUUCACUAUCAAGCCUCUGCGGGAUCUAGUUCUUAAUUUCGAAACCUACGAACAAGAUCCCUCACCAGAAGCACUAAAGAACAAGAAAGUCGGUCGUGCAGUCGUCACUCCUGAAAGAGUAGCCACUGCUCAGAAUUUCGUCCGCGAAUUACAAAGACUGUUCCAACUGAUGAUCCGAGCACCUACCGAUAAUGUGCUGCCUACGAAACAUCUUGCUGAACUAGCGCUGUGCAAGACAGACAGCGUAGAAACCGAGGCGAAGGCUGCCGACGCUGAAAACCAAGACCAUAAAGACUCACCGAAUGGCACUGGAGCAGCUCUCAUCAAAGAGGGUGAACCAGCAGUCGCUACAAAUGACACCGUCAUGGGCGAAGGUGACGGCACCAAGAACGACGAUGUAAAGAGCGACGGCUCUGCCCAGGCUACGGAGGAACAUUCUGAGUCAAACGACAAGCCAUCACCUCCAACCCGACCACCUCCGAUUCCCCCUCGACCGAAGGCACAAGAACAGGCAAAGUCCAAAGACGAACACAUUGCUGAGAGCGCUCGACAGCAAGAUGCUGCUGAAGUCAUGGGAAACAUCCUGGACCUGAUCUCAUGUGCAAUCAAAGGCGAAGGUCUCCUACGUGACGGCGAGCAGGCCGAUCUCAUCAAGGACAUCUUCUUCAGCGAUGUAACAAUUGUUCGGAACACAACCAACAAAAUCGAGAAGACGCAAGAACUCAGGAACCACCACUUGAUCUCUGCCGGUGGGCGCGAUCGCCACCUCUACGCGGCUCUCGACGAUGAUUUCGGACAGAGCGAAAUGGAAGGCGGUGACAGCAAAUAUGAAUACAUUGCCCACCCUGCUCCCAUACAGAUCGUCAACGUGCGCCGACUACAAUUCAACAGAGAGAAGAAACAGCAGGUCCGUGAUACAGCUCAACUCAGCUUGGACGACGUUCUGUAUCUGGAUCGAUACCUCGAGGCAACCAACACCUUGUCUGGAGAUGAGCUUCUACAUUUACGUCAAGCGCAGUGGGCAAAACAGCAGGAGCUCCAACGCCUGGCAGUAAGAUGCAAGGAAUUGCAAGUAACUGAAAUCGAAGGCUUGAACCUGGCAGAUGCAGUAGAGGAAACUGCGAAGCUUACUGAAAGCUUCUUUGCGGGAAUAGAGCAGCAGAUGCUUGAUCCGCUUCCAGCACCACCGCCUGAGGAGCUUCCGGAGAACCUGCAUGAGAGGGCUAAAGUACUCAAAGGAGAGCUCGAGGAGAUCGAUGCUUCCAUGACUCAGCUCGAGUCGGACAUUGAUACUGUUUUCAAGGAGUACCACGAUCACGGUUACCGGUUGCACGCCAUUUUCGUUCAUCGUGGUGGCACCGGCUCGGGUCAUUACUUGAUCUAUAUCAAGGACUUCCAAAACAACACAUGGCGCGAAUACAACGACGAAACUGUACGACCGUACUCUGAGCAAGACAUUUUCAGACUUGGACCGGGCGCCUUGGCUGCUGGAAGCACAGGGAUCGUAUUUGUCAAGGAGAAUCGCACUGACAUGCUCACCGAAGCGGUCUGUAGACAGCCAGAUGCUGCCGCAGCAGAGACGACGAUGAAUGAGACGGAACACAAAGAUGUCGAGAUGACCGACUUGCCCGCGUCGAAGACAGAAUACGAUGGCCUCGAGGUUAUCGAAGGAAUUGAGAAGGCGUGAGCUCGCCCCCAUACACGGGGGGCCAGGCCAAUUCUCUGUUGCUUUGCUAACAAGAACGCGUCAGAGAUAACGCGGCAGUCCGGGGAUUCGUAGCUCAAGUCGAGCUACAGGUAGCUAUAGCGGAAAGCAUGCGUAACAAGGACAGAAAGCGAAGUUGCUCUCGUACCGGGUCUCCACCAAAGCGAGAGAAGUUGGCAGAUGUGUUUACAGCGAGCGGAGAGUGGAGCUGAUGUGUGCGGAGUGCAGGACAUGUACUGGCGUUAUUAGAAGGGAUUUCUGAGGCAUAGCAAAGCGGCAUUUAUACUGGCUUUCGUGGGCGAGAUAUCCCUAGGUUUUCCUCAAGACAUAGAUCACAUCGAGUCGGUUACCAUCUUCCACUAAAAGUCAACUUCCAGUCAUCGUUU